AUGGAACGUCAAUAUUCGUCAGGCACGGUUCCCUUAAGCUCUUGCGCCAGGGGCUGGGUCGAGCGAAUUACCAACAUCUUCCGGAAAGAAAUUGCAAUCAACAUCGAUCAUCUCCCUCCCGUUUCUGUUUUUGAAGUCCCCAAAACACUCACCCUUCAAAAGCCCGAAGCAUAUACUCCUCAGCUCAUAGCCAUGGGGCCGUACCACCAUCUGCGCCCCGAGCUCUAUCAGAUGGAGAGAUACAAGCUCGCCGCCGUCAAAGAAAUCUCAACCCCGGAGCAGAUUUUCAACUUCCAACAUAUCGUGAUCAACAGGUUGAAGGAGAUGGAUCCCUCCACCCGGGCUUGCUACAAUAAGUUCAUGGACUAUGAUCAAGAUACAUUGGCGUGGAUUGUAGCAAUAGACAGUUGUUUCUUUCUCCACGUCUUGCAUUCUUAUCUUGUGCAGGAUGAGGCCACGGACAGGAGAUUGUUGGACAACACUAUCGUCACGAGAGAUAUCAUGAUGCUUGAGAAUCAAAUCCCACUUAUUCUGUUGAAAGAGGUUCGCAAAUCCCUUGAAGUCUCUCCGCCUAAUGAUCAGGAUGAUAUCGAGUUGAUCUCAAUGUUACUUCAGUUGUGCGAAGCACAAUCUCCUGUUAAGUUCUCAAUUGAUAUGACCAACCAAGACCGUUACCGUAGACCUCUUCAUUUGUUAGAUAUGAUGUAUCGUGUGAUUGUAAACAGCCCGGGUUGUGUCGUGUCCGGGUCCUUAGAAAAUCGUCCCGUUCAAACUGUACCAGUUUAUACAGAAUUUAAGAAUUCAUUAACCUCUUCAUCCAGGACCUCCUCGUCCUCCUCGAGCGAUAGGGAAGAUCCAGACGUGGUUCACAACAAUUUGGAAGCAAUCUUGGACGUAGUGGAGACCAUUGGUACUAAGCGUGCCCAGGACCUUCUUAGGCCUGUUAAGGCUGUCUCGAGCAUUCCAUGGUCAGCUCUUUCUGGGCUGUUCAGAAAAGGCAACCUAAGUACUGGUGAGCGAAAUCCAGAAGACGAUGAGAUCGCAAUUCCAUCGGUAUCUCGUCUUUGGCAUUACGCUGGAGUCCAAUGCAAACCCUUUAUUGGGAGCAUCAAUGAGAUCAAGUUCGUGGAAGGGGAGGCCACUUUGUACCUUCCUGUGAUGAAUUUGAACGCGAGCUCAGAAGUGAUAAUGAGGAAUCUGGUGGCUUACGAGGCUGCUAUGUGUAAAUCAACCCUUGAAUUUGCUCGAUACGUCAACCUCAUGAAUGGGAUUAUAGACACCGCAGAAGACGUGAAGCUGCUGAAGCAAAAUGGGGUUAUCAAGGGUGCUCUCAUGGAUGAUGAAAUUGCUGAUCAAUUCAACGGUAUGAAGAGAUGUUACGCUGGCUCAGAUCAGAAGUCCAACAUUGAGGUUGCUAUUGACAAAGUUAACGACUUCUACAGCAAGAAACUUUUGGUCAUGAUGGUUAGACGGUUGAAGAAGGACUUGUAUGCUUCAUGGAAAUGUCUGGCCGUGGUUUCCACUGUCGCGCUGCUGGUCGUGCUUAGCAUGCAGACCUUUUGCGAGUUCUAUCAAUGCAGCAAAGUCUGGAACUUCAACAAGGAAUCAUCAUGA